GUUUGAGGGUUUUGAAUUCGAUUCCCUUGACAAUGGCGGCGAUUUACAGUCUUUACAUAAUUAAUAAAUCGGGAGGUUUGAUCUUCUAUAAGGAUUAUGGAUCAAAGGGUCGCAUGGAUACGAAUGAUAGCUUGAGAGUGGCUAGUUUAUGGCAUUCCAUGCACGCGAUCUCGCAGCAGCUAUCGCCUACCACUGGUUGUUCAGGAAUUGAGCUACUUGAAGCUGAUACCUUUGAUCUCCAUUGUUUUCAAUCCCUUACUGGGACGAAGUUCUUUGUGGUCUGUGAACCUGGGACACAGCACAUGGAAGCUCUGUUGAAAAUCAUCUAUGAGCUUUACACAGAUUACGUUUUGAAGAACCCCUUCUAUGAGAUGGAGAUGCCUAUACGCUGCGAACUCUUUGACAUCAACUUGACACAGGCAAUACAGAAGGAUCGUGUUGCGCUGUCGGGACGAUGAACUGUCCUGGAACGUGCAUCUCACCAAAUUUUCACCUUCUCUCAUCUUCAUUUGUACAUUUUCAAUGGAAGAUUAAUGUCAUGUUUGUAUCAGCUAUUUUAAUGUGAUAUCUCUCAGACUCCUGUGAUCAGUUCAUAUAUGCUGUGUCAUUUACAGCAUUGGAUGAUUACGAGAGUUGUUUUUCUCAAUUAACAGUAAUAAAAAUGGUUCGAUCAGCUGUUCCGAAUUAAUGAAAAAUCUUGUUACUGGUUUGUUCCCCCUAUUAGUUAAUUAUUGUUGCCGCUAUAUUAUUAAACUUUUAUCUACUAAGAAGUUUCUAGCUGGCAUUCACAAGUUUUUCCUUUUUAAAACAAAUUCUAAAAAUUAAAGCAUAUAUCUUUUAUCUUGUUGGUAGAUGUUACAGCAGAACAGAUGUUAUAAAUAGAGUGUUCAUGGUGAACCAUUUGCGUUCAUUCAAGGUGAAAGUCAUUGCAACUGAGAUAUCUCCAGCACAGGCCUUAUCAGGAAGGACGAAUCUAUACUUGCCUUUCAGCUUUUCCUGUCUCUGCACCCAAGGACACAGCAUCCUUUAGAUAUAUCCUGCAAUACCAAGUACCAAACAAUAAUGGUCAUGGUUGGAAAAGAAAGGAAAAAUGGAAAGGGUCAAAAAGUUAUGAAUUACUAUUCCUUAUUGCCUUCAACCUUGGUUGAAAAGAAACCAAUAGGGUGGAAAAAAUAGGAAAAAGUGAAUAGAAUUACCAGGGAAGAAAAAAGGAGCUGGAAGAGAAAAUUUAUGUUGUUUCGCCAAUGAGAACGUCCGUAAGCAAUUUGUGCUUGUCUAUGAUGUGGACGGCCUGGGUUGACUGCAUUGCAUGCGAGGACUUUGAUUCCAGACUGAUUUUCCUCCUUUUCCUGUAUACGUGGUCUUG